AAAAUAAAUCACAAAUACAAUUAGCUAUCUAUCUAAAAGUGACAAAUCAAUUUCUAGAUGGACAAACAGAUAUUGAUUCGUAAUGCAGACAGUAACGCUGUUAUCUCUAAGUACGCUUCAACUAUACAACGAUAUUGUAGGAAAUAAGAACCGAAAUGUUAUUUCAGAUAAUUGUUUUUUACUUUCAUUUAAAAUUUGUUAACAACGUUUAUAACACGAAAAUCCACGUUGAAUGCAUCGAUCGUGAACGAUCCUUACUGCGCCUCAAGGUUGUCAAAAAGAAAGUCGCGUCGAGCGGGAUCAAGCGUGCGCGCAUAGUCAGCGACCAGGUAAAAUCUCACCUGUUGAAUGCCAGGUGAAAUGUCAGUCGAUGCACCCACGUGAUUCGCGGCGAUUCAGCUAGCCGCGCGAACAUCGAGAAACUGUCGUGCCACUUUAGCGCCGCGAAUCCGUAACGUAAUAUCUGAUCCGAUACAAUAAAAUCGAUCUGCGAAACGUUUUGUCUCGCUGGACGAGCAAUCAUCAGCGUACCGUUAGCUGUGCGCAAGAUUAUAGUCAUUCAAGUGUCGUCGGGAUUCGAGAACGCAUCAGGUACGAUUUCCCGAGGAUCCACUUGCUCGUUUUUCGUGUCGUUGCAACGGGAAGCUGUAACGAGAAGUAUCUCUUCACAUUUCUUUCUCUAAUUUCACGAAGUUUUUCAAUGAAUACAGUGGUCUUCUUCUGAAAAGACCUCGGUAAACAAAAUUUCCUAUUAACAAACGUACAGAAUUACAUUCUGUACGGCGAGAUUUUUCGUGACGGCGCGACGAGUAUAGUAUUUCUUCUUAAUCGACCACUUAACGGAACAGUUAUACAAAGUAAUUUGGAUUUUGAGCGUUCUACUUUCUCCGGCCGUUGCACUCCAGCAGGUGUAAAGAUUCUACUUAAAUUAAGGAUGCGUGUUAAGUACCCCGCCGUCACUUCUCGCGCGACUUUCGGACGACUCUGACGCGAAUCGCUUCUCUGCUCGCAGACACGGUGACGAUGGACGAGUUGGGCUGCGAUCUCGAGAGCCUGAAGUUCGACGAAGCUUGUUUGCGUCUGCGAAUCGACGACGAAUCCCCGAACGCGUGGCUUUAUUUGCUUUCGUCCGACUGCGCUGCGUGCCCUUAUACUCGGACCAGGCGAAUCGCAGCUAAUUCAAGUUCCAGUGUAACGAUCGACACGGUCAGAUCCACGAGUUUGAGGGUCCUAGACGCUGAGGAUCCCAGCGAAUACGUAUCCGUAAAAAACACUAGUAAGGUGAUUUGCGAGCUGACGCCGAAUUUUGGGCAGUUUGGCGUGUACGAGUUGUCGGUCCAAAACGGAGGCUGCGACGUAACAGUCGUCCAUGGACCGACUUACCCUUACACAGAGCUCAUCGUCAUUCUCGGAGUAUUGGUGCUGGUCCUGUUUGGUCUGUCCAGUCUGAAAUCCCUAUGGCACGUGUGCAGCAAGAAAUGCAUGAAACGUCAGGUAGACGAAGCGACGAGGCAACUCGCGAAGCGUCGAGUGAAAGCAAUCGAUACAGUUCGAGGGGCGAGCACUCUGAUGAUGAUAUUCGUCAAUGGCGGAUCCGGCGGUUACAAGACUUUGGGCCACGCGACUUGGAACGGUUUGCUACUGGGAGAUUUGUUGUUCCCUUGUUUCAUAUGGAUCAUGGGCGUGUGCAUCCCUAUAGCUUUGACUAGUCAGUUGAAACGUACGAUACCAAAGCGCACCAUACUGUACGGGAUCGCCAAGAGGAGCAUCCUCUUGUUCUUGAUCGGAGUAUCGUUGAACACGGUGAGAGCUGGUCCACGUCUCGAGAUCAUCCGCGUAUUCGGUGUUCUCCAACGUUUCGGUAUAACGUACUUCAUCGUCGCAGCGUGUUACCUCUGCUUCUCGCCUAAGAGACCAAAGAAGGUACAGGUGAACUCUCCGAUGUUGCGCGGGGUGCAAGAUUUCCUUGUGCUGAUCCCUCAAUGGUGCGCGAUGGCCGUCAUCGUAGCAGUUCAUUGUGCCAUAACCUUCUGUUUGAAUGUUCCCGGAUGCCCCACCGGAUACCUCGGGCCCGGUGGUCUCCACGACGAUGGGAAGCAUUUUGACUGCGUCGGCGGAGCGGCUGGGUACAUCGACAGAACGAUAUUGAAAGAAGAUCAUUUGUACCGUCCGUCUAGUGUCUACAACUCUGGCCCGUUCGAUCCGGAAGGAAUUUUGGGUACUCUUACGACAACGUUUCAAGUAUUCCUUGGUUUACACGCUGGCAUAAUUAUGACGUCGUACAAGGAUUGGAAAGAGCGCGUCGUCAGGUGGCUGGCGUGGGCAGCGUUUUUCGGAUGCAUAGGUUGCGUCCUCCACUUCGCCAACGUGAUUCCAGUCAACAAAAACUUGUGGUCUCUGUCCUUUGUGCUGGUGACGACGUCUUUCUCUCUCGCUUUCCUGACCGCGUGUUAUUUACUCGUGGACGUCGUUAAAGUCUGGAACGGUGGGCCUUUCCGAAUCCCUGGUAUGAAUGCGUUAUUGCUGUACGUCGGGCACAUAGUGUGCUACAAAAUGUUCCCUUUCCACUGGCACAUCGGAAACAUGGACAGCCGCGGUCUUCAAUUGCUGGAAGCGAUUUGGUGCGUCGCGUUAUGGACGAUCAUCGCGUAUAUCAUGCACAAGAAGCGAACGUACAUCACUCUGUAAAUUCUGGUGAGAAUAUCGAAAACGCAUAUAUCGCUCGUUAUCUCGGUCAUUAUUGCACGAGCGAUAAUUGAACGGAGGUUAUCGUACCGUAAAGAAUAAAGUGCCACUGUACUUUCCUUCUGUAAUGUCUUGCCAGUGUGUCGCGAGUGUUUACCAACAGAAUGGAUUAUUAUUUUAUAUAGCUUUUAAAACUGUUACUACAAUUUAAUAAAGGAAUUGUCGAGGAUAGAUCGAUGUUCUGUCAUCGAGAACACCGCAGAUUGACUCAAAGUGAAAAUUGAGGCGAUCUUUACAAAUAAUUUAUUUUACACAACUUACAUAAAUAGCACAAUGACGGAUCGAGGUAACGACAGUAUCGAUACAAACAUACUUUCAGCCGGUUACUUCGCGUCGAUCUCUUUUCUCUCUAAACGAAAAAAUUGAUACACGAAUGUCACAACGAGGCAUUGAAUUCUACGUAAACAAACCGCUCGCAUGAUUCGGGUUCGGAUUGUUCAGCCGCCGAUCGACACUGACG